AUGGCCCAAGUUCAAGAAGCUUCCUUGCCCUCCAGCUCUUGGGUCUGCUGGAGCUCCGGAGGUGGGGGAGGAGCAUCGCCCGAGGAGGCGGUGGAGAAGGCUGGGGACACGGAGGAGGAGGCAGUGGGGGCGGCGAAGGUGUGUUCAGGCCAGGGAGCUGAGGAGAUGAAGCUGGAGCCACUACAAGAGCGUAAGCCCGCGCCUGAGGAGAACUUGACAUGGAGUGGCAGCGGCGGCGACGAGAAGGUGCUCCCUUCUACUCCCCCUCGCUGUCAGAGCAGCUGCUCAUCCCUUUGCCCGCGCCGCAAGCCUCGCCCUCGGCCCCAGCCCCCUGCCCGCUCCCGAGGCCCCCCCGGGCCUUCGGCCCUACCCCUGCCUCCAGCCGGUCCUUUCCCUCUAUCUCUGCCCCUGCCCCGUCGCUGGCGCAGAUCUCGGCGUAGAUCUCGGCCAGGGUCCAGGCCCCAGACAUGGCGAAGCUGUUCUGGUGACCUGGGCGGCUCUGGGGAUCGAGGUGGCUUAGGGGACUGGUUGCUGGAGUUGGAGUUUGAUCAGGGUCCCACAGGCUGCUCUCAUGUGGAGAGCUUUAAAGUAGUUAAGAACUGGAAGAAGAACCUGCGGUUGAUCUACCAGCGUUUUGUUUGGAGUGGGACCCCAGAGACUAGGAAACAUAAGGCAAAGUCGUGCAUCUGUCAUGUGUGUAGUACCCAUAUGAACAGACUCCACUCUUGUCUCACCUGUGUCUUUUUUGGCUGCUUUACCGAGAAACAUAUUCACAAACAUGCGGAAACAAAACAGCACAAUUUAGCUGUAGACCUCUAUCAUGGAGUUGUAUAUUGCUUCAUGUGUAAGGAUUACAUAUGUGACAAAGACAUAGAACAGAUUGCCAAAGAAACGAAAGAGAAAAUUUUGAAAUUAUUAAUUUCCACCUCAACAGAUUUUUCUCAACAACAGUGUAUGACAUCAGGUGUUGAAGAGAAGCAAUCAACCUGUGAAUCAAAGGAACAGGAGCCAAAACUGGUGAAACCCAAGAAAAAGAGGAGAAAAAUGUCAGUCUAUACUGUAGGCCUGAGAGGGCUGAUCAAUCUUGGGAACACUUGCUUUAUGAAUUGUAUUGUCCAGGCACUUACCCAUAUUCCUCUACUGAAAGAUUUCUUCCUCUCUGACAAGCACAAAUGUAUAAUGACAAGCCCCAGCUUGUGUCUUGUCUGUGAAAUGUCUUCGCUUUUUCAUGCUAUGUACUCUGGGAGCCGAACUCCUCACAUUCCCUAUAAAUUGCUGCACCUGAUAUGGAUUCAUGCAGAACACUUAGCAGGGUACAGGCAGCAGGAUGCCCACGAGUUCCUUAUUGCAAUAUUAGAUGUGCUGCAUAGACACAGCAAAGAUGAUAGUGUUGGGCAGGAGGCCAAUAACCCCAACUGCUGUAACUGCAUCAUAGACCAAAUCUUUACAGGUGGCUUGCAGUCAGAUGUCACAUGUCAAGCUUGCCAUAGUGUCUCCGCCACAAUAGACCCAUGCUGGGACAUCAGUUUGGAUUUGCCUGGCUCUUGUGCCACGUUCCGUUCCCAGAGUCCAGAAAGGAAUGACAGCACAGUGAGUAGGGAUGACCACAUACCAGGAAUCCCCUCACUAACAGACUGCCUACAGUGGUUUACAAGGCCAGAACACCUCGGAAGGAGUGCCAAAAUCAAAUGCAGUAGUUGCCAAAGCUACCAGGAAUCUACCAAACAACUCACAAUGAAGAAAUUACCCAUUGUGGCCUGUUUUCAUCUCAAGCGGUUUGAACAUGUUGGCAAACAGAGGCAAAAGAUUAAUACUUUUAUCUCCUUUCCCUUGGACCUGGACAUGACUCCAUUUUUGGCCUCCACUAAAGAGAACAGAAUGGAAGAAGGCCAGCCACCAACAGAUUGUGCACCCAAGAAGAAUAAGUAUUCUUUGUUUGCAGUGAUUAAUCACCAUGGAACUUUGGAAAGUGGACACUACACCAGCUUUAUCCGGCAACAAAAGGACCAGUGGUUCAGCUGUGAUGAUGCUGUCAUCACCAAGGCUACCAUUGAGGACUUACUCUACAGUGAAGGAUAUUUACUAUUCUAUCACAAACAGGGUCUAGAGAAAGACUAGUCUUAUCAGACCACUUACCAAAAAAAAGUAAAAGAAAUGAAUAGGCAAGGAUC